UACCCUGUGUUCAUAUACAGCUGGCUGCUGCUUGCAUCCCCCUCGGGGUGUGUAUGUGUGCGAGCGUGUGUGUGUGUGUGUGUGUGUGUGUGCGAGCGUGCUAUGUAAUGACACACUCCAUGAGACACACAGAGAGAUACUUCUGUCUCCAUGGCAGCACUAACUAGAAGGAGACGUUCUUCGGGGAUUCCACAUCAAGCAUCAGAAGUGGUAUGAGCUCUCUAACAGAGAGUUACUGCAAUUAUCACAAGACUGUGUGCAAUUCCCAAGACACUGCCAAGGAUCAGUGGAGAAAAAGGAGACGCGCAGACAGUGCAAGAGACAGCACACACUCAGCAAGAGAUCGCAAAGAAAGGGAGUCAACUACCAGAAAGCAGCAUAUUUCAAGAAGACUUGUGGUCAAGAUUAAUCGUUCCCUCUCUGCAUGGAGAGUUGAUCAACCAGGAGAUGGAGACUAUAGCGUAGAGCAUAGGGACAUAAGUUAAAGGUGGAUACAUUGCUAUACAUGUGCACUUUAGUUGUGGACAUGAGACACCUGAGGUACUGAAGGCACUUGGAGACUGAAGAGGGUGGAGGGUGAAUGGUGGGUAAGAGUGUUCGGAGAAAAGAAUCUAGGCAAGUGUAGACAUCAUCAAGGGUGGAAAAAAAGUGAAAACAAGCCAACAGGUCUUAGUAGGUUAGGCUUGUAAGAACUGGUCAAGGAAAGAGUUUGGGAAGUUACAGGGUUGGUGGAGAUUAAGAAGAAGACAAGGUUGGCAGUGGGAGUAAGAAAGUAGAUAAAGGUGGGAUAAGUGGGUGGCUGAGAAGGUUGUGAAGAUUGGCCAAGUCUUUGACUAAAGAGUAGGAGAUACUGAUGAUCCUGGAGGAGUAAAGGGGUUCAGGGUGUUAAUGGGAGAAAUGUAGGAAACCUUGCCACUGGGUGGAAACAGAUCUGAUAGCUAAUAGAGUAACUUAUAGAUAGAUUUUUUGAGGGUACAUUUUCUUAAAAAAGUAGUAUAAGAAUUUAAGGUGGCAAGGAAAAGAACAAUUGGUGUAGAUUUGGGCUUUUGAGUCAUCUAUUGUAUCAAGAAGGUGAAGGAAAACUAAAAUCAACAAGAACAUAAAACCAAGAAGGAAUCCCAGCACAAUUUCAGAACCUUUGCCCAAAAAAUGCCACGGGCCCCUGAUCAGGAUGAGGCCGAUGAGCUAUAUCAAAACAACUCUGUAUCAUGGCUGGCAUGUGGUGCCCUCUCAUUACUUGCAAAUGCCUGGAGCAUCCUGAGUUUAGCCAGUCGGGGUGGGAGCGGGCAGCGCCCUCGCCCUCUGGAACUGCUUCUUUGUUUGCUGGCGGGAACACAUUUACUCAUGGCUGCUGUGCCCCUAUCAUUGUUUUCUGUGGUGCAGCUGAGAAGAAGACAUUCUCCCGGUUAUGAAUGGAAUGAGGGUUUGUGCAAGGUGUUUGUGUCCACGUAUUACACCCUAGCACUGUCCACAUGCUUGACCGUGGCCUGCCUCUCUUAUCACCGAAUGUGGAUGGUGCGCUGGCCUGUCAGUUACAGGUUGGGUGGAGCAAGAAGACAGGCAUUGCAGGGGGCUCUCGGAAUAUGGGCAGCUUCUUUUGUGCUGUCCACGCUGCCGUCCAUUGGGUGGCACGACAAUGCCCGCAGGUUCUACACACGUGGUUGCCAUUUCCUGGCUAGUCGGAUCGGAUUGGGUUUUGGGCUCUGCUUCCAGCUACUAUUGCUAGGUGGGGUGGGCACGGGUCUUGGAUGUUUAGGAGUGACUAUAUACCACGCCUGCUGCUGCCCUGCAUCUGGGAACAGAGGAGGGACGGGGGAAGGUGGGGCAGAAGGGAUGCUGGAAGUACCAGCCAUCGUAGUACAGGAUGCUCAGGGAAAGAGACGCUCAUCAUUGGAUGGGUCAGAAUCACCAAGGACGGCAGCGCAGGUCACCGGACUGGUUGGGGGCAUUGUUCUGCUGUAUGAUGCUCUGACUGGGCUUCCCAUAUUGGUGGUGAGUUUUAUAAGUCUUCGCUAUGACAGUGCGCCACCGUGGAUGGUGCUGUGCGUGUUAUGGUGUUCAAUGGCGCAGACUCUUCUUCUUCCGUCUUUUAUUUGGUCCUGCGCCCGGUACCGUGCAGACUUGCGCACUGUUUGGGAACACUGUGCCUCCAUGUUGUCUGACAGUGGGGAUGAAGACAGUCGAGAUGACUUUGCAGAUGGCCGCCUGUGUGAAGUUCGAUUUGAUUCCAAUGGCACUGCCAUAAAGAGACCCCCACAUUACCUGGGAGGAGAACUGCGAGAUGGAAAAUUUCUGCCUGUUAGACAUGUGCUAUUGCCCACCGACAGGAGCCAGUACCUACAAGUGCAUCGACAACAGGUUCAGCUCUCCCGGAGGAUGUCCCAUGAUGAAAUUGACCUUUUUCCUCCUCGCUCAUCACCACUCUUGAUCAGGUGGUCUUCCUCGGAUGAUAUACGAGGUGGACCUGGAUCUGUCCGGGGAGGCAGCCCUUCCAGCCCCCGUCGAAGUCAUGACAUACCACCUUGGAGUCGCCACCAGCUGCCAGCUCGAGGAGAAGCAGAUGAUGGUCUCAGCAGCCUACACCAGUUCUUGCAAGGAGGUAUAGGAGGGCAUUCAGUAAUGGGAAGUGGAAUGCACAACUCCUUCUUCCGAGAUGAAAUCACUGCCUUCAUCGAUGAUACUCCCUGCCCUUCACCACUUGGGACACCACACAGAGUCCGUGCAACCCCAAGACCCUCCCCACACCCAAGAAAGGGACUCGAAGGAGGAGUGUCUUUGGCGGGCUUUGGAGAGAGACGUCUAUCCCUUUGUAGCCCCCCACUUGUUGUAACUGAAACCCGUAGAUCGUCUUUGUCUGAAAGGGGGUGCAAGGUUGGGGCUUCAUAAAGAAGAGUGUACAGGGUCUUCACAUUUACCUCCUUUAUAUCGGUCGUCCCUGAUCUGAAGAAGGGGCUGCACAUGGACCCUCCCUUUGAAUAUGUUGUUCUCAGGCAAAUCUGCUGUUUAUGAGAGGGCAAAGGGCUUCAGGGGGGCACACAGCUAACACUGCCUCUAUCCCUCAGGCCUCCUAUGAUACCACUUUGCCCCCCCAUAGACACACUACACUACAAACACACUGGAAAUAUGAGCCAAAUGAUGACAAAACAAUAAAUUGUGAUUUGAU